CUCACAGUUAGCCAGCCAGCCCGCAGCUGUGGUCCACCUCGCCUCUCCGCAGAAAUGUCGUCGAAGUACACCGCCGGCCCCACAGAAACCGAACGCUGCAUCGAGUCGCUGCUGGCCGUCUUCCAGCGCUACGCCGGCCGCGAUGGAAACGCUUCUUCCCUCUCCAAAAAGGAGUUUGUGACCUUCAUGAACACAGAGCUGGCAUCUUUCUCAAAGAACCAGAAGGACCCAGGCGUCCUGGACCGCAUGAUGAAGAAACUCGACUUAGACUGUGACGGCCAGCUGGACUUCGGCGAAUUCUUGAACCUCAUCGGCGGCCUGGCGCAGGCCUGCCACGUCCAAGUGAUGUCGUCCCCGACCAGCGGGGGGCCCAAGAAACCAUGA